CAAUGGUGGCUGCAACGACCACCAUAACCGCUACUUCGGGGUUGCUCUUGGUCUGUUUCACUUACUCGUUCACUGUUUUCUCAAUGGUUUCAUCAGUCACUGACCCUCGUGAUGCGGCGGCAAUUCGUUCUUUGAUGGAUCAAUGGGAUAAUACGCCGCCUAGCUGGGGAGGCUCUGAUGAUCCUUGUGGAACUCCUUGGGAAGGUGUCUCCUGCAAUGACUCCAGAAUCACUGCUUUGGGUUUGUCAACAAUGGGCCUCAAAGGAAGACUUAGUGGGGACAUUGGAGAACUUGCUGAACUAAGAUCCUUGGACCUUUCGUUUAAUCCAGGGCUCACAGGUUCACUUACUUCCCGGUUAGGAGACCUGCAAAAGCUCAACAUCCUCAUACUUGCUGGCUGUGGCUUCACUGGUAGCAUCCCAAAUGAGCUUGGCUAUCUCAAAGAUCUAUCUUUCUUGGCCUUGAACUCGAAUAACUUCACGGGUAAAAUUCCAGCGUCUCUAGGAAACCUCACCAAGGUUUAUUGGUUGGAUCUUGCGGAUAAUCAGUUGACAGGACCCAUUCCAAUUUCAUCAGGCUCGAGUCCCGGUCUUGAUCUUCUUUUAAAAGCCAAACACUUAUUAUUCGAUGGAAAUCAAUUCACAGGGAGCAUACCUUCCACUUUGGGACUCGUUCAGACGCUAGAGGUUCUCCGGCUUGACAGAAACACUCUGACCGGAAAAGUUCCAGAGAACCUCAGUAAUCUCACAAAUAUCAUUGAACUGAACUUUGCCCACAACAAGCUUGUAGGAUCUUUGCCAAAUUUUUCAGACAUGAAGUCACUGAACUACGUAGACCUCAGCAAUAACUCAUUUGAUCCAUCAGAGUCUCCUCUCUGGUUCUCAACCUUACCUUCACUGACCACACUGGUGAUGGAAUAUGGAUCUCUUCAAGGACCACUGCCCCACAAGCUCUUUGGGUUCCCACAGCUUCAGCAAGUGAAACUGAAAAAUAACGCUUUCAAUGGAACACUGAGCUUGGGAGACACAAUAGGUCCACAGCUCCAACUUGUUGAUCUGCAGGACAACGACAUUUCCUCUGUAACACUGAGCUCUGGAUAUACCAAUACAUUAAUACUCGUAGGAAACCCGGUAUGCACAACAGCUCUCUCAAACACAAACUACUGCCAGAUUCAGCAGCAACAAGCGAAACGAAUAUACUCAACAAGUCUUGCAAACUGUGGAGGAAAAUCUUGUCCAUUAGACCAAAAGAUCAGCCCUCAGAGCUGUGAAUGUGCCUACCCUUAUGAAGGCACACUGUACUUCCGAGGGCCAAUGUUCAGAGACCUGUCCAAUGUGAAUACAUACCAUUCGCUCGAGAUGAGCUUGUGGGUGAAACUAGGACUCACUCCAGGCUCGGUCUCUCUACAAAACCCUUUCUUCAACAAUGAUGAUUAUCUCCAGAUACAGUUGGAACUUUUCCCGCCUACGGGAAAGUACUUUAACAGAAGCGAAGUUCAGAGAAUUGGAUUUGACUUGAGUAACCAAACAUACAAACCUCCUCCUUUGUUUGGACCUUACUAUUUCAUUGCAUCUCCCUACACUUUCCCAGAGGCAGGUAAUGGACAUUCCUUGAGCUCUCGGAUGGUCACUGGGAUAAUAACUGGUUGCAGCGCUUUGGUCCUGUGCCUUGUUGCACUAGGAAUAUACGCUGUUUGGCAGAAGAGACGCGCAGAGCAAGCUAUCGGUUUAAGUAGACCGUUUGUUUCAUGGGCAUCGAGUGGAAAAGAGAGUGGUGGCGCACCGCAGCUGAAAGGGGCCCGAUGGUUCUCCUACGAAGAACUCAAGAAGAUCACCAACAAUUUCUCCAUGAGCAGCGAGUUGGGUUAUGGAGGUUAUGGAAAGGUGUAUAGAGGAAUGCUCACAGGUGGGCAAAUGGUGGCGAUCAAAAGAGCACAACAGGGAUCAACACAAGGCGGUCUCGAGUUCAAAACAGAGAUUGAGUUGCUUUCUCGAGUUCAUCACAAGAACCUCGUUGGGCUUGUUGGGUUUUGCUUCGAACAGGGCGAGCAGAUUCUGGUCUACGAGUACAUGUCCAAUGGAUCGCUAAAAGAUAGCUUAACAGGUCGAUCUGGUAUCGGGCUUGACUGGAAAAGGAGGCUGCGAGUGGCUCUAGGAUCGGCAAGAGGACUAGCAUACCUCCAUGAAUUGGCGGAUCCUCCGAUCAUCCACAGGGACGUGAAAUCAACCAACAUUCUUUUGGAUGAGAAUCUCACGGCCAAGGUUGCUGAUUUUGGUUUGUCCAAGCUCGUUUCGGACUGCAACAAAGGCCAUGUUUCGACCCAAGUCAAAGGCACUUUGGGAUAUUUGGAUCCAGAAUACUACACAACGCAGAAACUUACAGAGAAGAGCGAUGUGUACAGUUUCGGUGUUGUAAUGCUGGAACUGAUCACCGCGAAACAGCCGAUCGAGAAAGGAAAGUACAUUGUUCGAGAGAUCAAGCUUGCAAUGAACAAGAGCGACGAGGAAUUCUACGGGCUGAGAGAUAAGAUGGAUCGUUCCUUGAGAGAAGCCGGAAUCCUACCGGAAUUCGGCCGGUAUUUGGAAUUAGCCCUGAAAUGCGUUGAUGAGACGGCGGCUGAUAGGCCAACGAUGAGCCAAGUGGUUAAAGAGAUCGAGAUUAUCAUCCACAACAUUGGGACCACCACUAGCUCCUCCGCUUCCGCUUCGUCUUCCGCCACAGAUUUUGGAGCCGUCAGAGGCGGAGAUAAGCUUUUGUAUGGAGAGGGUUUGAGGAAGAAAGUAGCACGAGACGAAGCGUUUGAUUAUAGCGGUGGCUACUCUGUUCCCACCAAAAUUGAGCCCAAGUAACCAAAAAAAGAGUAAUUAAAUGAUUGGGUUUUCUUCUUUAAUCAAAAAGAGAUUCGUUUGUGCUUUUGCAUUAAUGGAAUGAGGUUAUUUUAAAUACUGUAUAAGGCUUUUUUAAUGUAUUCAUAUUAAUUUUUCCCAAACCCAUCCGAAAUCUGAUGG